AUUAAUAGUACUGUUUUAGUGUUUAAUUAGUUCCCUCCUUGAUUAAUCUGCUUGAUUACAAAAUUCCGUUAGUGAUUACGGCAUGAAGAGCCAACGGGAAAGACGAAGAAGCAUUUCUCGUUCUAUGAACAGAGACCACUUGCGCUAACAGGCGGUGCUAAAUUUUUUCAGAAAUUAAAAACCCCAAAAAUCUGUACGAUAAACAAUUUAUUCAUUAACUUUUUUUUUUUUUUCUAUAAGCAUAAGGUAAUGGCGAGAUUCUUUGUUGCCUUCUUCGUCUCUCUCACACACCCAUUAAAAUAUUGCAUCAACUUGUCGGUAAAUUAAUUUUUGGCUUAUUCUAUCUUUUCUUUCUCUGUCUUGUUCUUUCAAUUUCAACAAAUAAUAAUUAUCUGAAAUAUACAGAUGUGUAUAUAUUAGAUACACGUAUACUACUAGCUACUUCACUGUGUGAUCUGAUCUAGUUCCUUUUUUUUUUAUAUAAAAAAUAAUCGACAAUUUCGGAUUUGUUUAUGCUUUGCUUCACAUGAAUCACAUACGUUCAUGUCGAUUCCUUUGAGAUACUCUUGUCUCGAUUUCGUGUUUUUUUUUUUUUUUUUUUCUAAUUUAAAAUUAUUGUAACCACGUGGAUUUGCUUGUCCUGGUUUUGUUUUCCUCUCGAGCGCUUUGAUGAAAUCGAGGAACCUAGUCAAUUUCUUCGUGGAUCCAAAAACAUUGUUGGUUCGUAGUAGCUAGCUUAAUAGGUUUCUGCUCUUGAUUGGCUCCAGCUGCUUCGCAGAUUUUAGGGCUUUUUCUUCUGUUUCUGCUUCGAUUCUCAUUUUUGAGUCUUCUUCUAUAUUAUUGCUGUAACUAGUCGAGUUGACAAGCUUCUGGGUUUACGAAGAGACAUCUCCUAAUUGGAACAAAACCUUUGCUUUCCAUUGGGCUGAAAAAAAGCUAGAGUCUUGGAAUAGUUUUUGGAGCGUGGUUUAUUUAGAUGGGAGGUCAAUGCUCUAGCCUGAGUCAGUGUUGCAGGAACUCUUCACACAAGACAGCUGUUCUUGAAGCUCCUUAUGUUGAUAAUGGAGAGAGUAGUGAGAUCACUGAUGUUCCUAAUUUCCGGGAGUACACAUUAGAACAGCUUAAGGCGGCUACUUCUGGUUUUGCUGUGGAGUAUAUUGUAUCUGAGCAUGGAGAAAAGGCUCCAAAUGUUGUCUAUAAAGGGAAAUUGGAGAAUCAAAAGAAGAUUGCUGUCAAGCGUUUCACUAGAAUGGCCUGGCCUGAUGCACGACAAUUCUUGGAGGAAGCGAGGUCGGUUGGUCAGCUGCGGAGUGAGAGAAUGGCAAAUUUACUUGGAUGUUGCUGCGAAGGUGACGAGAGGUUACUUGUAGCAGAGUUUAUGCCUAAUGAAACACUAGCCAAACACCUUUUUCACUGGGAAACCCAACCUAUGAAAUGGACUAUGAGGCUGCGUGUUGUUUUAUAUCUAGCACAAGCUCUUGAAUACUGCACCAGCAAAGGCCGUACUCUUUACCACGACCUCAAUGCUUACCGGGUUUUGUUUGAUGAGGAAUGCAAUCCAAGACUUUCUACUUUUGGCUUGAUGAAGAAUAGUCGGGACGGAAAAAGUUACAGCACUAAUCUUGCUUUCACCCCUCCUGAAUAUCUACGAACUGGGAGAAUUACUCCAGAGAGUGUGAUAUACAGCUUUGGCACUCUUCUGCUUGAUCUUCUCAGCGGAAAACAUAUACCUCCUAGCCAUGCCCUUGAUCUGAUUAGAGACAGAAAUCUUCAGACGCUAACUGAUUCUUGCCUAGAUGGGCAAUUUUCUGAUAGUGAUGGCACAGAGCUAGUACGCCUGGCUUCUCGUUGUCUUCAGUAUGAAGCUCGUGAGCGGCCAAACACGAAAUCUUUGGUGACUGCCUUGACACCUCUUCAGAAGGACACAGAGGUCCCAUCUCAUGUUCUAAUGGGGCUACCUCACAGUGGUUCAGUCUCUCCUCUGUCCCCUCUUGGUGAGGCUUGUUCAAGAAGGGACCUGACCGCUAUGCUUGAGAUCUUGGAUAAACUUGGAUACAAAGACGACGAGGGUGUCACCAAUGAGCUCUCGUUUCAAAUGUGGACAGACCAGAUGCAAGAGUCUUUGAACUCAAAGAAGAAGGGUGAUGUGGCUUUCAGGCAAAAAGACUUUAGAGAGGCCAUUGAGUGUUACACACAGUUUAUUGAUGGAGGAAUGAUCUCUCCAACAGUGUGUGCUCGCCGUAGUCUGUGUUACCUAAUGAGUGACAUGCCAAAAGAAGCUUUAGAUGAUGCAAUUCAGGCUCAAGUGAUCUCUCCCGUGUGGCAUGUCGCGUCAUAUCUGCAGUCUGCUUCCCUUGCUUUCUUGGGAAUGGAGAAGGAAUCUCAAAUCGCACUCAAAGAGGGCUCGAACCUUGAAGCAAAGAGGAAUGCAGGUUCCCGAGUGAAGUAAGAUAUAUUGCGUUUAAAGAUUUGUCUUUUGGGAAAGAUGAAAGAACAUCUUACCAAGUAAAAGGGGUUUGAAUCUUUUGAGCACAGUGAUGGGAAAAUACUCCAAGAGCGAUGCAAAACUAUAGACCCGCUUCUUCUACAGAGAUGAUUGGUUUUAUUGCUCUUAUUGUGCCUCUUUUUAUGGGCAUUGAAUUGAAGGAGUCACUUCCUUUAUUGGCUUUGAAAUCCAUUUCCUGAAACUUUAUUGUACUAAAGAAAAACCAUUAUUGCAGAAACCAAAAGAGGUUUUGUUUCUUUUGAUCCAUUGGUCACACAGACUAAUAUGUAUGAACUCUGUCUUGACAGUCCACAGUGAGAGGGGUUUUGUGGUUAAAUUCCCAAAAGUUGGGUGGAUCAUUCAAA